CGGCCUUCUCUCUCCGCUGUCUCUCCCGCGGUCUCCAUGUUGCUCUUCGCCUGGGCGUGGCACGCGCCGCACGCCGUCCUGCCAGGCCGUACGCCCUCUCGUGCGGCGCCGCAGCCGUCGCUACCUCUCCGGCCGGCGCUGCAGCCUCGCGCUGCGACCGCCUCGUGCAGCGUCGCUGAGCCACCCGAGGCGGAGCUGCCGUCGGCGGCGACGACCGAGGCGCUGCCGCCGCUGUUUGCGCAGAUCGAAAAGUCGCUGGAGGCGCUGACCGGCAACCCGCAGCUCCUGCUCGAGGCCGUCGUCGGCCUGAACCUACCCGGGGGCGUCGCGACGUACGACCGCGAUCGAGUGGUCGGAUACUUUCAGCGGCGGCCGACGCUGAUGGUCUCGCGGGCGUACGAGUUCCUGCGCGCCUUUCAGCGAGUGCGCUCUGCGUGGGAGGCGACCGACGGCAGCGUCGACCGCGGCGUCGUGCUGCGCAGCGAGCUCUCCGCCCUGGGGCCAGUCGCCGUCAAGGUCGGGCAGACGCUGAGCCAGCGGCCCGACAUUUUGCCGGAGGACGUGUGCGAGGCGCUCAAGGGGCUGCAGACGUCGAACGAGCCCUUCCCGAACGAGGAGGCCUACCGCGUCAUCGCCGAGGACUUUGGGGCAAAGGGCCCGCUCGCGCCGGGCCUGCCCUCCCCGCUGCAGCGUCACGAGGGCUUUGACCCCGACGCGCCGCCGCUGUUUGCCAAGCUCACUGCCGACUGCAUCGCCUCGGCGUCGCUCGGCCAGGUCUACCGCGGGACGAUGCACGACGGUCGCGAGAUCGCCGUCAAGGUUCAGCGCCCGGGCGCGCUGCGCCAGUGCCUGCUCGACGGCUCCGUCAUCAUCGUGGCGCUGAAGGCCAUCCAAGGCCGGUACUGGAACGGCGACCUGCUCGCCAUCUUCGACUCAAUUACACUAACUAACACUAAUGGAAUCGUGCAGGAGCUCGACUUUCGGAACGAGGCGCGCAACGCGGCGGCCUUCAAGCGCUCCCUCUCCUUCCUUGGUUAUGUGCCGGUGACACUCCCCGAGCUGACGACUCGCCGCGCGAUGGCGAUGGAGUGGGUGCACGGCCGCCACCUCUCCGACCUAGCGCCGGAGGAGGCGAUGCGGAUGACUUUCAUGAGCUGCGAGGCGGUGACGGCGGGGCUGGUGCUGACCGGCAUCGUCCACGCCGACCCGCACGAAGGCAACAUCAUGCUAGCCGACGACGGGCGGCUCGUCUUCCUCGACUUUGGGCUGAUGAGCGGCGUCGAGGAGGGCAUCAUGGAGGCGUUUGCGAGCGGGAUCCAGUGCGUGCUCUCCAAGGACUACGUCGGCCUCGUCCGCGCCUUUGUCGACACGGGCUUCAUCGGCACGCCGAUCGAGUGGCGCGCCAAGGAGAGCGACCCGUGGCAGACGACGCACCCGGCAGG